AUGUCAAAUUUAUUCAGUUAUUUUCAACGUAUUGAGCCAAAAAAAAUGGCCACCACAACAGCGGAUGACGAAUCGAUUCGUCCAUCAAGUAACACACCUAAAAAUGGACAUACAAAAAAAAGUCAAACACCAAAAGAAUCAUCACGUAAAUCAAUGAAUAUGAGUGAUGUCUAUAGUGCUGAUUCACCAAAAUCAGAAAAACGAAAACCAAUUGAUGACCAUGAAACAUUACCAAAAAAUAAAAAACGAAAAACAUUGAAUGCACGAAAUGAAUCCGAUGAGGAUGAUGAUGAACCACAACUUAAAGUUAGCAAAAGUCAAAAUCGAAAACGUAUUGCUAUUCUUGAUAGUGAUGAUGAUAAUGGAUUAGAAAAUGAUAAUAUGGAUGUUGAAGUAACACCAUCGAACAAAAGAUCAACUGCCAAGAAUAUAAAAAAGAAAGGUAAUACUUCGACUACAACAUCACGAAAGAAAAAAACGGAAGAUAGUGAAGAUGAAGAAGCAUUAUAUAAUGAUGGUUCAGCUGAUGAAAGUGAAGAGAAUGAAAGUGGUGUUGAAGAGUAUGACGAUGAUAAUGAUGAAGAACAAACAAAAACACCAAAACGUCGAACAACAACUUUAAAUAGAGAGAAGAAAAAACCACCAAAACAUGUACAUGAUAAUAAUUUUACACAUCUUUCAUUGGAUUUUCUCAAAGAUGGAAAACGACGUGAUAUUAAUCUUCGACUUCAUACUGAUCCAAAUUAUGAUCCACGUACAUUACAUGUUCCUGAAGAAUAUCUUAAUAGUAUUACACCUGCUAUGCGUCAAUGGUGGGUAUUAAAAUCAGAACAUUAUGAUACAAUUCUUUUUUUCAAAGUUGGCAAAUUUUAUGAACUUUAUCAUAUGGAUGCUGUUAUUUGUGUACCAGAAUUAAAUUUAACUAUGAUGAAAAAUGAAUCGGCUCAUUGUGGUUUUCCAGAAAAAGCAUAUAGUAAAUUUGCUGAUAUACUUGUUUCAAAAGGUUAUAAAGUAGCACGAGUCGAACAAACAGAAACACCAGAUAUGAUGAAACAACGUAUUGAACAACAAACUGGACGAAAAAGUAAAUUUGAUAAAACUGUUCGUCGAGAAGUUUGUCAAAUAACAACACCUGGUACAAAAACAUUUAAUACAUUAGAUAAUGAUAAUAUUUUCCGUGAAAGUUUAUUUUUAUUAUGUAUUGUUGAAAUUCCAAUUACGGAUAAUAAAAUCACACCAUGUGAAUUCGGUGUAUGUUUUGUUGAUACAACUAUUGCACAAUUUUAUAUUGGUCAAUUUGAAGAUGAUCGAUAUUUAUCACGUUUACAAACUUUACUUGCACAAUAUCCACCAGUUCAAAUUUUAUGUGAAAAAAAUAAAAUAUCAGAAAAAACAAAAAAAGUUUUAACAUUAACACAUGCCAAAAUGGAAUAUUUAACACCAAAUAAAGAAAUGUAUGAAACAACUAAAACACUCGAUAUUCUUCGAGAUGAUACAUAUUUCAAGGAUGAAAAAGGAAAUCUUCAAUGGCCAGAUGCUUUUCAACAUGUUUUCAAUGAUGGUGAUGCACAAGGUUUACAUGUUCGUCCAGCAUUUCUAAUAUCAAUGCGAGCAUUAGGUGGUAUUAUCUGGUAUUUACAACAUUGUCUUAUUGAUAAAGAACUUUUAUCCAUGCGGAAAUUUUCGAUUUUUCAACCACCUGAUGAAAAUGUUGAACUUAAAGAAGCAUCAACAUUUACACAACAAAAUAUGGUACUUGAUGCAACAACAUUGUAUAAUUUAGAAAUCUUAACAAAUAGUCGAGGUGGAAAAGAAGGUUCAUUAUUAUAUGUAUGUGAUCGAUGUUCAACUCAUUUUGGUAAACGUCUUUUGGCUCGAUGGCUUUCAGCACCAUUAUGUAAUGUGAAUGAAAUUAAUGAACGAUUGAAUGCUAUUGAUAUUUUACGUGAGAAAAAAGAAUUAUGUAUAAAAAUUCGUGAUAAACUUAAAACAAUUCCUGAUCUUGAACGACUUUUUUGUCGUAUUCAUUCACUUGGUCAUCGUCCACUUGAUCCUGAUCAUCCAGAAAAUCGUGCUAUACUCUAUGAAGAUAUAACAUAUAGUAAACGAAAAAUUCAAGACUUUUUAUCUGCAUUUGCUGGUUUAAAAGUAGCAAAUGAUAUUGUUGAAUUAUUUUCAAAAUAUAACGAUAUACCAUCAUCUUCGAAUUUACUUAAGAAAAUUAUUUAUCGAGGUGAUGAAAAUUUUCCUGAACUUGGCGAAUUACUUGAUUUUUAUACAAAUGCAUUUUCACAUGCACAAGCACGUACUGAAGGUAAAAUUAUUCCAACAGUUGGUGUUUGUAAAGAAUAUGAUGAUUCAUUAAAUGACAUACGUGAAAAUGAAAAAGAAUUAAACGAAUAUUUAACUAAACAAAAGAAAAUUUUAAAAAAUCAUGAUAUUAAAUAUGUUCAUGUACAAAAAAUUCGUUAUGCAAUGGAAAUACCUGAAAAAGCUUGUGGAAAUUUAGAUGAUGAUUAUGAAUUAAUGAGUUCACGAAAAGGUUUUAAACGAUAUUAUACAAGUGAAUUACGUGAAUUACUUGAAACAUUAAAUGAAAGUGAAAAAAAGAAAGAAUCAGCAUUAAAAGAUACAACAAGUAGUUUAUUUCGAAAAUUCGAUAGUCAUCAUGAUAUAUUCCAACGUGUACUUAAUUGUUUAAGUACACUUGAUGUAAUACUUAGUUUAGUUGGUUAUAGUGAAUCAUAUUCAGAUAUGUGUCGACCCAUUGUUCUCGCAACAGAUGAUAAUCAACAAGCAUUUAUUAAUAUUCGUGAUGGUAAACAUCCAUGUAUGCUUCAAAAAUCAACGGAUACAUUUAUUCCAAAUGAUAUUAUACUUGCUGAUAAGUCAUCAAAUGAAAUUUGGCAAACAAAACCAUUAGUACUUGUUACUGGUCCAAAUAUGGGUGGUAAAUCAACAUUAAUGAGAGAAACAGCUGUACUUGCUAUAUUAGCACAUGUUGGUAGUUAUGUUCCAGCAACAUCAUGUAAAAUGAGUGUAUGUGAUCGAAUAUUUACACGUUUAGGUGCAAGUGAUCGAAUUAUGGCUGGUGAAUCCACAUUUUUUGUUGAAUUAAGUGAAGCAUCAUCAAUUUUACGUCAUGCUAGUCGUCAUUCUUUAGUACUUAUUGAUGAACUUGGACGAGGUACAUCCACAUUUGAUGGAACAGCUAUCGCUUGUUCAGUUGUUAAUGAUCUUGCAAAUCGUAUUAAAUGUCGAACAUUAUUUAGUACUCAUUAUCAUACAUUAGUUGAUGAUUUUGAAAAACAUGAAAGUGUUGGUUUGGGACAUAUGUCAUGUAUGAUUGAAAAGGAUGAUGAAACAUCAACAAAAGAAACACUUGUUUUUCUUUAUAAAUUUGUUGAAGGUUCAUGUCCUAAAAGUCAUGGAUUUAAUGCAGCACGUUUAGCUAAUAUUCCUGAAUCAAUUAUUGAAUUAGCACAAAGUAAAGCAUCAGCAUUUGAACGAUGGGUUACACUUAAACGAAUCUUAUUUACAUUAAAAAAAAUAACUGAUAAAUCUCAAGAACAAGAUAUACUUCAAUUCUUAUCACAAUUAAAACUUAAUUAA